UGCAUGUUAAUUCUACGGCUGUAUCUGAGCAAGCUCCAAUAGCAAGGCGUAAUUCCACUUCGGAGAACGGUAUGGUGCUUCAUAUUAUGAUUUAGAUGAUCUUAUGCUGCUCUUUACAUGUUAUGCAACUUUGGAGCAGGAAGCUUGUCCCGGAAACUCUCUACUGCUAGCAGCCUAGAAAGUAUGGAGGAAAGCUAUUUUCUGCAAGCAUCUUUGGACUCAUAUGAUGGUUUAUCCGAAAAGAGAUAUAUUGGAGAGGCAACUUUAAGUCCACUCUACAUGAAAAGCAUGACACCCAAUGCGUUUGAAUCAGCCCUUCGUCAGAAGGAGGGUGAAAUUGCUUCCUACAUGUCUCGUUUGGCUUCCAUGGAAUCCAUCCGUGACUCUUUAUCUGAGGAGUUGGUUAAAAUGACUGCACAGCGGCAUUCUUGGCAGCCGCUCUCUGGUUCUUUCUCUUCGCUCUUCCGGGGCGGCCACCUCCAAAUGGACUUGUAA